UUUUGCUUGCUCGAUAAUUGUUUUGUAGUAGUGUGGACAGUGUAGGCACAGCUCUAAUCAUCUUGCCCAUGGCUGCAAUUCUCUCCCUCUCUUCAAGUUCUCUGCUCAAAACGACACCCAGCCAUCAUCACCUAUCUUCCUCUUUCAAGGGAAAUUUGGCAACUUUGAAGUUAAAGACGUGCAAUUUCACUCCUCUUAAACUGCAUAGCAAUACCAAACCAAAAGGAAGACCACAGCUAGUAGUCGUCAAUCAAGCUACUGCUUCUGUUGCAUCUCCAAUAUCAAAUGCGAGAUUCAGACUGGACAAUUUAGGCCCACAACCGGGUUCGAGAAAGAGGGGAAAGAGAAAGGGAAGAGGUAUCUCUGCUGGACAAGGUAACAGUUGUGGGUUCGGUAUGAAAGGACAGAAAUCGCGUUCUGGUCCUGGUGUUAGAAAAGGGUUUGAAGGUGGUCAGACGCCCCUUUAUCGUCGUGUCCCGAAAUUGCGAGGAAUUGCUGGAGGUAUGCACGCCGGUUUACCUAAAUAUGUUCCUGUUAACUUAAAAGACAUAGAAGCAGCAGGGUUUCAAGAGGGGGAAGAGGUGUCAUUGGAGACAUUGAAAGAGAGGGGCUUGAUCAACCCAUCCGGAAGAGAAAGGAGACUUCCUUUGAAGAUUCUAGGCGAUGGAGAGUUAAGCGUGAAGCUGAAUUUUAAGGCUCGUGCCUUUUCAACGUCAGCCAAGGAGAAGCUUGAGGCUGCUGGUUGCUCGCUUACUGUAUUACCUGGCCGUAAGAAGUGGGUGAAACCAUCAGUUGCUAAGAACCUUGCUCGAGCAGAGGAAUACUUUGCAAAGAAAAAAGCAGCUGCCGAGUCUGAGCCCGUCUCUGCUUGAACCAUUUGUCAUUAAAGUUUUAUGCUUUUAAGGAGGCAUAGAAUAGCACGUGAAGAUAUCCAGCAGGGUGAUUCUUUUUUUUUCCCCCCUUUUUGGGUUAGAUUUCUUAGGUGUCCCAGUCUGUAAUAUCUUCCAUUUGUAUCUGCUUUCCAUUAAAAGCCCUUCUGUAAUUUGAUUUUGAUUUUAAAUUUCAUAGUACCUCUCUUCCCUAACCAA